CACUCCUUUGAGCAGGGUGGACCCAGGAGACCGGAUCAGCAUUUGUCCCCAGCCCCCUGUGGGGCCUCGGGGCCCCCUGAAACCUUCAGGACGGAGUCAGACGGGGCAGGCACCAUGAACAAGUUACGGCAGAGUCUGCGACUGCUCAUUUCCCCCCCCACCCCACCCCAGUACCUGGGCCAUGUGGAGGUCGAGGAGUCCCGCGGGAUGCAUGUCUGUGAGGAUGCUGUGAAGAAGCUGAAGGCGAUGGGCCGCAAGUCCGUGAAGUCCGUCCUCUGGGUGUCAGCUGACGGGCUCCGAGUGGUGUAAGAUAAAACCAAGGACCUGCUAGUAGACCAGACCAUCGAGAAGGUCUCCUUCUGCGCUCCUGACCGAAACCUGGACAAGGCUUUCUCCUACAUAUGCCGUGAUGGCCCAGCACGCCGCUGGAUCUGCCACUGCUUUCUGGCACUGAAGGAUUCGGGAGAGAGGCUGAGCCACGCUGUGGGCUGCGCGUUUGCCGCCUGCCUGGAAAGGAAGCAGCGGCGGGAGAAGGAGGGUGGAGUCACAGCUGCCUCCGACCCCACCCGCACCAGCUUCGCCCGAGAGGGCUCCUUCCGCCUGUCGGGGGGUGGCCGGCCUGCAGAGCGUGAGACUGGGGACAAGAAGAAAGCAGAGGCAGCAGCUGCUCCCGCUGCGGCUCCUGGCCCUGCCCAGCCUGGGCAUGUGUCCCCGACACCAGCUACCACCUCCCCUGGCGAGAAGGGGGAGGCCGGCACCCCAGUGGCUGCAGGCACCACCGCUGCUGCCAUUCCCCGGCGUCAUGCACCUCUGGAGCAGCUGGUUCGCCAGGGCUCCUUCCGUGGGUUCCCAGCGCUCAGCCAGAAGAACUCACCUUUCAAACCUCAGCUGAGCCUGCGGCUGAAUGAGCUGCCUUCCACCCUUCAGCUCUGCACUGACUUCCAGGUGAAGGGCACAGUGCCUGAGAUGGAGCCUCCUGGGACCAGUGACAGUGAUGGCAUCAAUGCUCUGUGCACACAGAUCAGCUCAUCAUUUGCCAGUGCUGCAGUGCCAGCAUCGGGGCCACCAUUUGCCACAACAGGUAAGAGCAGCCCCCCACUGGCCAGCCACUCUCUAGUGGCCCUUUUGGGUUCCUUUGCCCAGGAAGGGCCAUCCUGGGAAUCCUAG